AAAGCGGCGGGUAUUUUUGCUUAUCCGCACGUGGAUUGGUGUUUGUUCCUGAGCGUGUGUGUUUCGUUGUAAACGCCUUUCAAACAUGGACUGUUCGGUUGAGAUUCGGCCGUCAUUAGGCAUCAGCAAAGUUCAGGCGCUGGUUUGGAACUUCCAGAAUGGCCCCAUCACCGGCGAAGUCGAUUGUUCAUCGUCGAAACUUAAGAUCGUCGUGAAGGAAAACGAUGCCGUCAGUAUUCAGACGGAGCUGACAUUUUCCGACAACGUCGUGUUCAAAGCCAACAGGCUUUCGGCUGUUCAGGAGAACGAAGUUCUUAGGGACCGUGAGCAGUUUGUCCAACCUAUGCCGUGCCGCGAACUCACGUUCAACAUUCUUCUCGAAAAGGCUGAGUCCAAGCUGGAACACCUCGUGGCGUCCGCACUUGUUGCUGGUACCCAGUAUUGCUUUAAGUGUGGCAGUUGCUUUGCAGAAAUUCUGGAUAAAGACGCCAGUUUCCGAAGAGUCCUGCCGCUGCCGUCCGAAAAUUGGAGAGAAGCAGCUGGAGAAUGGUUUUGCCACAAGCACGAAUCUACCACCGGCAGUGAAAUUCCCCUUGUUCUCGAACCGAAGCCUGACGAGUUGUUCACGUCAACAACUCAUUUGACUGUGCAUAACGUGCGAGUUUGUGGAGGAAACUUCGAGCGGGGAGAUGGGAGACUGCGUUGUGCUCAGUGCGGCGUUGUUCUUGGGAGAAAGGCGACUGAUUCGUCCACAGCGUUGUUCACGACACGCGUUACAGUAAUGCCUGUCAAAGAGGAGGAUGGUAAUAUCUUUAGAGGAAUGGACGCGUCCAGCAUCCUGAGAGCUCUCAUCAAGGAGCGUCUGGAGCUAAACACGACGUGCAGACUUGUAGUGACUUCCGGCAAGCUGGUGCUUCUGCUGUGGUUGAUGGAAACAGGGCUACACCACUUCCACUCCAAGGACGUACAGGGUAGGCAAGUGGUCGUCCAGUUGCGCGUCGGCAGCAAGCUGCUGUACCUGAAAACAGACUACACGGACGCUGUCGUGGCCACCUGGAAGCAGGAUCCCCUCGUCGGCGAGUACCAACUAGAACCGGAAGUGAUGGAGGACACCGUCGACUACCUCAACACCCAUUGCGACACCAUGGGGGCCACCUUCGAGCGCUUCCGUGUUAUCUUCCUUCCUGGAGUGGUGCGCUAGCCUGCUCUGUGAAUAAAGACUCUGCUGCAGUUUCC